GUUUAUAAAUAAAUGUAUUUCCAAAUUAAUUUUCUCACCACCAGAGACUAUCAUUUCUACUCUUUUUUUAUUUAGUCUCUCCCACAAGACGACGCUGUCCUCUCUUUUUCAUCUAAUUAAUUAAGAGAAUGAAAGGGUAUUGAAGAUCAGUUUGAAGGCAGAAGAAAAAAUACCAAAGAAUGGCCGAAUUUAUAAUAAAUGUUGCAUCAGGAAUUGUAACACAAAUAGCAAAGUAUGUGAUUAAACCAGUUGGUUACAUUGUUUUCUACAACAGAAACAAGAAUGAGCUUAAAGAGCUACUUGAAAAUCUUGAGACUACUAGAAAGGAUGUGGAUCUAAGGGUUGAAGAUGCAAAAAGCAAGGCAUAUACCAUCUUUACCGAAGUUUCAGAGUGGUUGGUCGCUGCGGAUGGCGAAAAAAAGAAACAUGAUGAGCUAUUCAAUUCCAACCCACCUUGCUUUAACUUUCUCCAACGACACCAAGUAAGUAGAAAAGCAAGGAAGAGGGAGACGGAUAUCUGCCGACUCAAAGACUGUGGAAACAAAUUUCUGGAAGUUGGUUGUCCUGCACCUUUACCGGAUACUAAGAAUACUAUUGUUCCUAAAGGUUAUCAAAUUUUAGGAUCAAAAACCUCAAUGGCCAAACAAAUUAAGGAUGAACUUGCAAAACCUGAGGUAAAAAAGGUUGGAAUCUAUGGUAUGGGAGGUGUUGGAAAAACCUAUUUGAUCAAGGAAGUUAACAAAUUGGUAUUGGAAGAAAAAUUGUUUGAUCUAGUGAUUGAUGUGACUGUAGGUCAAUCUAAUGAUGUAACGAAUAUGCAACAAAUUGGGGACUUCCUCAAUAAAGAAUUGCCAAAGAGUAAGGAGGGAAGAGCAGCCUUUCUACGAAAUGCAUUGGUGGAAAUGAAAGGUAAUAUCCUUAUCACAUUCGAUGAUCUGUGCAAUGAAUUUGAUAUUAUAAAGGAUGUUGGAAUUCCAUUAAGUAAAGAAGGAUGUAAGACACUAAUGACAAGUCGUUUUCAAAAUGUUCUAGCCAAUAAAAUGAAUAUAAAAGAGUGUUUUGAGGUGACUUGCCUAGACAAGGAAGAGUCUUGGAAGUUUUUUAAGAAAAUCAUUGGUGAUGAGUUCGAUACAACAAUGGAAAACAUUGCAAAGGAGGUCCUAACAAUGUGGAGGAUUACCACUUGCACUUGAUAUCAUUGCGAAAACAUUAAAGAGAUCAAAACAUAUAAAUUAUUAUUGGGAGAGAGUGUUAAGUAAGCUGAAAACUUCAAUUCCAGUGAAUAUUGACGUGGGUGAAAAAGUUUAUGCUUCACUUAAAUUGAGCUAUGAAUAUUUGGACGGAGAAGAAGCGAAAUCACUAUUUCUUCUUUGUAGUGUAUUUCCAGAUGAUCAUAAGAUUUCAGUAAAGAAUCUACAAAUGUAUGUGAUGGGUAUGGGAUUGCUGAAGGUAAAUACUUGGAAGGAAGCAAGAAGUGAAGCACAUUACUUGGUUGAGGAUCUUACAUCAUCUUCUUUACUUCAACGACUUGAGAAUAGAGAUGUCGUUAAAAUGCAUGAUAUAGUUCGUGAUGUUGCAAUAUACAUUGGACAAAACUUUAACAUGUCUACACUUUACUAUGGAUAUAGUACAAGUUGCAAAGGGAUAGAUGAGGAUAAAUGUGGAUCUUAUCGGGGAAUCUUUGUAGACUGUAACAAGUUUUGCAACCUUCUUCCAACAUGAAGUUUCCAAAGCUAGAAUUGUUAAUAUUAAGAUUUCCUUAUCGGGGGCAAGAGAAAUAUAUUGACAUUAUGGAUGCAUAUUUUGAAGGAAUGGAAAAUCUUAAGAUUUUGGACAUGAGAGGAACAAGUUUUCUUAAACCAUUUUGGACAUCGUUAAAGAACCUUCGAAUGUUAUGUAUGUCACAUUGUUGGUGUGAGGAUAUUGAUACAAUUGGACACUUGAAGGAAUUGGAAAUUUUGAGGAUUAGUUAUUGUUUCGGCAUCACAGAAUUACCAACGACGUCUAUGUGUGAAUUGAAACAACUUAAGGUAUUAGUUGUGUCAAGUUGCUUAAAUUUGGUGGUGAUUCACACGAACAUUAUUUCAAGCAUGACCAAAUUAGAAGAGUUGGAUAUAGAAUACUGCUUUGAGGAAUGGGGAGAAGAAGUAAGGUACAAGAACACAUGGAUUCGGAAUGCACAACUUUCAGAAUUGAAUUGUCUGUCACAUCUUUCUAUUUUAAGAGUAUGUGUUUUGAAGCUUACCAUUCUCUCAGAGACUUUGAGUUCACAAAUUUUGAAAAACCUAAGAGAGUUCUUUAUUUAUGUUGGUGAAUAUAAGUACAAGUUUGAUCAUUAUUUUGAA